AUGAACCCUUUGAAAAUUCCGGCGCCUAACUCGAUUCUUCUUAUGGAUGAAAGGCUGCAAAAGCUCAAAGAAGAAGUCGCUUUAAUUGAAAAAGAAAUCGAGCCCAUCACAAAGAUCUUACCUCCCCAAGGCACCAAGAUUUUUCCAAUCCAAAAGCCUCAAAUGGAGACUCGAUACCAAGGUUUGCCUACUAUAGAGCCUGAACCUCCAAAAAAGAUUCAGCUAAGACCACAGAUAAACGAAGAAUAUAAAAGGACUCUUCAAUAUUGUCCAAAUAUAAUGAGUGGCUAUGAUAUCAAUGUGCAGGAAGCUCAGUUUUUAAGUGAAGUUCAGUCUCUUCCUAUUCCUCCUAAGCUCACAAUUGAAAGUACUCUAUUAUUCUCGUUUUUGGAAUCUCAAGCGAAAAAAAUUGUCUAG